GAUAAGGAUGGUAAAACUGUUACAGCUACUGGAAAUUUUACACGUAUUGAUAAUGGUGAACCUGAACCAAUGUUAUGUUUAGGUAUGACAUGGAUUCGAAAAGUUCAAGGUAUUGUUGACCCAAAUAAAAACCAAUUCCGAAUGAAAUUACAUGGUAAGUCUUAUAUUAUUCCAACAUUCAGCAAGACCCCAGUAGCGAAGGAUCCACCAAAAGAGACAGAGAUCACAGAAACAUUGGAUUCCGAUGAAUUGGAAACUCGAGACUCUAACUCUUCAUCUAGUGAAGAAUUAAAAAAAAAAUUAACUAUGUAA